GCAGUGGUUAUUAAGUACAAACAUAACUCUUGUUGCUUCAUGUUCUCAUAAAAAAGAGAACUGGAUGUACUAGCAGUAUAAAGCAAUAUUCUUAGUCUGAAAUAUACUGAUGAACCCUAUUGCCUUUUUGUAACAAAUAGGGCAAGUGGACAUAUUCGCGAUGACAUAUUUGCAAAUCUGAUUACUUUACUACUGCCACAACUCCAAUUUUUCAUAGCAGGGGUAGCAAGAAUCAGUACCCUCUAAUUUACAACCUGCCUAAACAUCUCCCUGCCCCCCCCCCCAACAUUAAUUGGAAACCGUAUCAAUCGAAUAUCGCCUGCGCUGCAGAAUGUGCCUAACUUGAAUCAGCAUUGUUUCAGGCUGUAUGACAAACCACUUAAAUUGGCUUAGAAAGAAAUAAUACCAUCAUAGGAAGUCAACAGAUAAAUUCUCAAAUUAGCUGGGAAGGGCACUGUCUUUGGAAGCCAACAGAUAAUUCUCAUAUAAAUCAUACGCAUAUAAAAACAAAUGUGAAAUGAAUGGAGAGAGCAUGAGAAGAUGUAACUAGGAAAGUUGUUUGAUCAAUAAAGGAUUUUUUUAAAUUGCCUCAAACACAUGUUAUGUAACUCAGCUCAGGAAUGAGUAAAACAACUCAUGAAAAGCCAGAAGAAAUGUCUGAAACAUCUAUAAAGCAAUCAACUGUUGAAUCAAAGAAGACUCAUUCAAAACCAUCAUUCAAAUUACAUUUUGUUCUACAUGAAGAAAUAGGCAGAUCAUAUAUACUACCAUACAGACAAAGAAAGCUUGCAUUUCCUGUUGUGGCUUCAAAAUUUUAUUCAAAAUAUGACUGUCAAGGGGUUGAACAUACAGAUCCAAAACUUUUCGAGGAACUGAGAAUGUUACGAGAGAGUGGACCAAAAGAAAAAUAUGCUGAACCUGCCACAGAGAAUCAGAGGUAUGGCUGGUACACUAAUCCUGAGCUAGACUAUGACAGAAGAGACAGAAGACUGUACUUUCCACAACAUACUUCAGAAAUGGUGAAACUGAGAUCAUUGAUUGAUCUUGCAGAUUCCGUGGAAAUACCUAAAAGAUUAUAGUUUACAGGUCUAAUAUAAGAAUAUAUUAUCAGUAUAUUACUGGUAAUUACUGUUUCUUUAAUUCAGUACUGUCAUUCAUUGUAAAGACAACUGAUGACAUAAUUAGGUUAUAAGAUUAUGAAAUUCUGCAUAUCAGACUGAGGUUGUGUCAUCCAUACUGAGAGUAUUUAAUACUGGUAUACUGAUAUUAAACUUAAAUGUGAAAUUAAUUUUAUAAAAACUUCAUAAUUUAUAUAUCUUCCAUCAUAAUAAUUAUCAGUACAUUGAAAAUUUUAUAAUCACUAAAAAUAAUCAAAACAGCUCAGUCAGUAUAAUAACUAGGACCGGGAUUUGAUUCCCACAUGAUUGGGAUGUUUCCCUUUGUAACUGUGCCCAGACUAGCUCUGAGGCUUAUCUAGCCUACUAUCAAAUCUGUAGCGGGGGAUCCUUUUUCUGGGAAUAACGUGGCUACAGCAUGAAGAUGACCACCCACUUCCACUCAUCCAUAUAUCUUCAUUGUGUGGUACUUAAUUAAAUACAGAGUCAACUUCAUGAAAAUAUUUCAUAGCACAGAGUAGCUCUGUAGGGAAGUUCUGGCUAUAGAUUUGAUUUUCUGUGACAUCUCUAUCUCUGUCCAUAGUGGUCUUCUGAGUUGUGAUGCUAUAUGGACUUGUAGAUGGGUGCCAACGUUUUUGAGGAAUGUACUGCCUGUAUCUUCAGUCAACUCUUCGCCACUUUUUUGUUGCACUAUGAAAAUUAUGUAGUUCUUAUGUUAUGCCAUGGAAUAUAACACAUACUGAUUUUCACAAUUUCUUUGCUUCUUACAAAAGCAAUGAAUUUGAGUUUGAAUUGUACUUUACAAAAUAGAAAUGUAGUUUGCUGCAAAUUGGAGGUAAUGAUGAAAGUAACUGUCUACUACAAAUUAUGAUUGACAAUAAUAAAUUUUUACAAGAAAGCCAAUAUGAAUCAAAUUGCCUAAAAGUGUAGGCUUAUACUGUGGCAAAUCUUUCCGUUAUGUUUCUUCAUGGAAAUCAAAUAAUAGAAAGUAAAUGAAACUAUGUAUAUUAAAGAAAAAUCCAUAAUAAAUUCAAAAUAUUAUUUUAAAUGUGGAACAGUUUCUGGCAAGUCAGGCUUACAUGGAUUAAUGACUGCAACAUUUCACUACAAACUUAUCAUUAUAAAUUCUGUGUGUCCAGUGUGGUAGAAAAUGAAUUAAUCACAAUUAAAAAUUGGUACAGUACCACCUUAUAUGUGCAGUAAUGCCAUUAAAAGGCACACGAAGAAUCCAAACUUCCACACAGUGAAAAUGCUGCCUAUAUUUCUUGUCAUCUGUAUGAGUGCAAUGGCACUAAAAGUACUUGCCAAUAGAAUCAAGGAACCAAUUAAUAAAGUUAUAAAAUUAUGGACUCAAAUUUCACAGUAUGAGAUCUGAGGUUCUCAUGCCAGUGAAAAUGAUGACAUUGCUUCUGGGUUGUAAUACCAUAUGGACUUAAAGAUAGAUAAUAACAUUUUAGAGGAAUAUAUUGCCUCCUACAGGUCUACAUGACAUUACAACCCACAAGGCCAACAACGACAAAUCUUACCAGGUGUGUAAUAUUGCAUAUUGGUCUGAGGACACUGAUUGCAGCCUCUUAUCAACUCAUUCUUUAAAGGACUGGAUAUAUUUUAAAACAGUUAGAAUAGAUGAUUACAUAUGGAAACAUAACACAACUUUUAUUGAAUAAACCUUAGAGAACAACUUUAACAGUUAUAUCACAUUACUCCUUAUCUUUUCAAAGGAAUUUUAUUUCUUUCCACUGUCUGUUAAUUUGUACCACUGCAAUCAGUAGUUUCUUGUACUGAUAAAACUGUCCAGGUCCAAAUUUCAAAGAAAAUAAUACAUACAUAACUGGAAAUAAUGAUUUGUAGGAAUCUCAUACAUAUUGAGAGCUAUCAGCAUUUUGUCUGAGUUUUGUUUCAUAUUUAAUAAUAAAUCAUAUAUUCCUAAAGAGAUUUCAAAACAAUUAUUAUAGUCCACAUAA